UGGGUUCUUCAUCAUCAUCACUCUCUCAAAGGAUUCUGUUGAUCUCCGCCGGCGUUGUGUUGGUGGCUAUGGCGAUGACUUUCUGCUUCCCGGCGAUGUUAAACUUGGCCGUCUAUCACAUACCUGCUAUUUGGUCUGUUAUACUUUCCUGGCUCAGGCCACCAUAUCUAUACAUCAUCAUCAAUGGCAUCAUCAUCACAAUCGCUGCCUCUUCACGCUUUCACCACCUCCACAAUCACUACCACAUCGAGAAUCAAUCUCAGCCUUUAGUUGAUGAAACGAACACUGUUCUGCCGUUAGAUCUACCGUCCGAGUCGCCACCGAUGGUGAUUCUGCCGAGCUUUGAUGUUGUGGAAAAUCCUCCGGUGGUAUACGAGAGUGAACAUACGGAAACCGAGGAGAAUCCGACGGUGUAUGAGAGUGAGCCUCCUCUUACUGAUGUUAAGACAGUGGCGGUGAAUGGUACGGAUUUUGUUGCAGAUUUUGUUACAGACGAAUCCGAAGAUAAAUUCAUAAUAUCGAGAUCCGAGUGGAAUCCACCGCACCGGAUGAUAAAACCUCCUCCACCGGAGAGGAAGAUUAAAUCAGAAUUCAUUUCUCCGGCGAGAGAGAAGAUGCUCGUAAGUUCCAGAUUUUCUCAUCAACGGAAAUCGGCAAAAUUCAAUCCCGAAGGAACGACGUCGUAUUCCACAGGUGUGAGAUCACUAAGAGUAGCGAAGUCGAGGAAGCAUGAGACAUUGGAGAACACAUGGAAGACGAUCACCGACGGCCGUCAUAUACCGCUAAAUAGACACCUCCGGAAAUCGGACGUCUUCGAGAACAACCAUCAUCACCACCACCACACACCUUCCUUGGACGGUUACUCCGGCGAACAUGGACCGGCGUUCGCGGCGGCAGAUAAUAACGUGAUGAACAAAGCAGAAACGUUCAAUGACCGUACGGCCUACGACAACGAGAACCACCAACGUAUCCUGUCAUCGAAAAACUCAAUGACGUCAUCUGGCGGGAAGCUGAGGAAAGAAGGAUCGCUGAGUCACGACGAGUUGAAUCGGCGAGUGGAAGCGUUCAUUAAGAAGUUUAACGAUGAGAUGAGGUUACAGAGGCAAGAAUCGCUACAGCGAUAUAUGGACAUGAUUAACCGAGGGGCACAAUAGGAGAUUAAAAUAAUUCAUUUCAAAAACAAAAAAAAAUGAAAAAAAAAACAAAAACAAAAACAAAAAAGACUUUUCAAGAAAGCUCGAUGUUAUUUUCAUUUAAAAAGGAAUUUUUUGGGUAUUUAUAGAUUUGG